CGGCCAUGGUGAGCGACGAUUGGGCAACGUGUGAGGAGUCUGAUUCCAGACCUCAGUACCGUGGGCCCAUGGCUGCGCCGGGCUUACGCGCGCAGAUGGACUCGCUCCUUCUGCAACUGCUCCGGGACCUGGAAGAACUGGAGGCGAAGCGGGCAGAACUGAACGCCCGGGUGGAGGAGGGCUGGUUCUCACUCUCCAAAGCUCGCUAUGCCAUGGGUGCCAAGUCUGUAGGUCCUCUGCAAUAUGCCUCCCGCAUGGAGCCUCAGGUCUGCGUCUACACCAGCGAGGCCCAGGACGGACUCCAGAAAGUCUGGGUGGUGAGAGCCAGCGCCCAGACUCCAGAAGAGGUGGGGCCCCGUGAGGCAGCUUUGCGCAGGCGCAAGGGUCUCUCCAGAACCCCAGAGCCAGAGUCCUCCCCAGCCCCCCGGGACCCUCUGAACUGGUUUGGAAUCCUGGUUCCGCACAGUCUGCGUCAUGCCCAAGCCAGCUUCCGGGAAGGCCUGCAGCUGGCUGCAGACAUGGCCAGCCUUCAGAUCCGCAUUGACUGGGGUCAAAGCCAACUCCGGGGCCUCCAGGAAAAACUCAAGCAGCUGGAACCCCAGUCUGCCUGACUUGUGACCAGAGGCUGGACAGUGAGCACAGCUGUUCUUUGGUGUGGCUACCUUAUCUCAGGCCUUCUUCCUUCACAGAUUGCCCCUGCCCUAUUCCCACCCCAACUAAUCCCUGUUCCUUAAAAUUUCUCUGGUUUGCAUGUUUCUAGCUUUGUUAGGUGUGAAAGCUUGAAGAGCCUCAUGGAUAUAUCAGCUGUGGUUUCUUUACAGGAUAAAAUACUGCACAGUUAGUGGCAGGGAAGG